AUGUCAGCUCCAAAUCCGUGGGAUAACUAUACGAUUGGCAAUGCUCCUGUCAACCCCAGGACAGGAAAUACUCGCCCAUGCCACGCGUGUACGAGAAAGGUAUCUUCCAGAGGUAAGAACGGUUAUAGUGGGGGUUCACGAAAUUGCAAAAGACUUGACGAACAUCAUGGAUGUACGCAAUGUCGACGUGACGGUUUAGCCUGUAUCAACGAAGGACAUAUUAUGCCCCCCUAUCCUGAGCCUCCUAGUGCCCGCAAGCACCCACCGAAGUGUGACCAUUGUCUGUUACUUAAUUUUCCAUGCGAGAAAAAAAGGCCGUGUGAUGCAUGUUUUGAAUCGGGUACAGAGUGUACAGGCUCUACAUUUUUAUGCUGGUAUCGCGGUGUUCCUAGUGAUUCGAUGUAUGGAUACUAUCUGGCGCAUGGGUUUGGGCCAACUGGAAUCUGGGACCCGAAUGCCAUACCGGGCUGGGUACAACCCCUAGACUAUCAUCUCCAGUAUAUACAAAGAGAAAUUGAUCUCGCAAACGGAGUACCACAGCCGCCACAAGUAGGAGCCCACCCGCCAAUGUCAGACGCGGCACGAGCGCUCGAGUUAGAAUAUCGACAGGUACUUCAAUUACUAAACACGGCUAUCAACAACAAAGAUGUCGAUGGUAACCUUACAGCCAUUGCGGCGCAACUUUCUGUCGAUCUCAUAAAUAUGAUUCCUUCCAACCAGUCUCAGGUUGCCAGAGAUGUAAUGUUUUUCUUGCAGCAACGAACCGUGGAAUUUUCAAAGAGUAAUAAUCCGUUCCAUGAAGCGGUGCCAAUUAAUUUCCGCGGUAUCAAAGGAAUAAACAUGAACACGCUUCAGUUAUGGAACCCCGGACCCCAACAGUAUAAUUACUUAGGUCCUAUUAGAAAUGUAGUAAACACUCCGAGAAACGGCCCUCCGUCUCCCGGGCCGGCGCGGCCAACAUUCUGGAUACCGUGGAAUAUCGGGGAUAAUGACAUUCCAAUCAUACCAAAUGAUAACCAAUUUCCACCAAAUCAUCCUGAGUUCAUUCAUCCUGAACAUAUCAGGCGCGCUCCAUUCAUGGAACACCCAUGUGAAGAUGGUGAAUCCGAACUGUCAACAAUCCCUCUCAUGGGAGUGACCCCGCUACUUGUCCAGCCAGAGCAAUGCCAGGUACAGAAUUUCCAGGGCGGGAUCUGCGGCAAAGCUUCUCAAACCCGCUGCGAGGACCGCAAUCACGACGGCCCGGGCAUGCCGAUUUGUGCUGAGCACGAACAACAAAGCCGGUCAAAUUUUAUGCAGCAACUCACUGGUAUAGUACCCCUCCUUCGACAGUAUCUAUGCGCAGAAUGUACAUCCGCCGGGGUCCCACUGUGGAAUAAUCUCACCAACCAAGGUUGGAAAGUUUAUUACCAAUUGCCGGCAGGGACCAACAAGCCCCCAGACUUACAAUGUACAUCUAUAAUUACCACGGCUAUGAGCAAGAAAGUAGGAGGCUGGUACCAGACUACCUACCCAAUCACCGGAUGUUCCUGUGGCUAUAAGUUGUUUCAUAGAGUAAUCUGUAGUCCCCAUCGUCUACAGUAUCUCAUCAACAUGCAAGUUGCCGCGACACAAAUGAGAGAAUAUUGCAAGAGUCUUUAUGGGAGGAUGGUGUGCCCUCUUUGCCGCGCCCGCCCCGGAAUCGACAACUAUCAGUUUCAGGGCCAGGCAGGGGGUGAAGAGAAUGCGAUAAAAGGGUAUUGCUGCUUAAAUUGUCAUGGUCUUGUUUUUGAGGGAGAGGGUGGUGAACCUGUCCAAGUGGUCUAA